AUGGUUUCCUCUUCCGAUACUGGAGUAUCAGAUACAUUGGACCCCAUGGCGACUGUAUCAGACGAUGAGAUACCAUCCGAGGGAGAGGUUUACACGUGGGAUACCACGAGCACGGAUGACGAUGAUUUUCAGCCUUUCGCUCUGCCCGACUUCGGGGAUGAGGUUCAGCCCGCUGAUGGCAUUCCUGCUGGGGAUCUACCUCUUGCUGAGAUCCCUGCUCCUGUUCCACUUGCCGCAUUUCCCGUAGAGGAUUUGCUACUCGAUGUUAUGGCUGAUGACGACAUCGAUCUUUUCGUUGAGGGUCCCCCUGAGGACGACCAUGAGGGUGGGGCCCCGAUUGCUGAUGAUGCCAUCAUUCCUGUUGCUGAGGCUCCUGUGGAGGAGGCUCCUGCUGAUUCACCUGGCCCAGACUCGUUUGAGUCUGUGGCAUUCGCUUCUUUGCACGACCAGGGCGUACAACACUACUUUCCUGACGCUGACUCAGAUGUAGCGAUGUCAGCUGUACCUGGUCCACCUCACAAGUUUGAGUUUGAUCAUGAGUUCGAGGACGAUUUUGAUCCAGUUUUUCCUCCUGAUUUCGAUCCCGAUCACGAGAUCGAGUUUAUUCCUGUUGACCAGCACUUGGAGGCACCAGUGGCUCCCAUUGAUCAGCUUCCUGAUAUACCUGCCGACUUUGAUAUGGACUUUGUCGACCCUGAGCCUGUUAUUGCUCCUGAUCCUGUACCGGUGCACGACCCUGUUGUUGCGGAUGCACCAGCACUUGCACCACCUAUUGUUGAUAUUCCCAUUGUUGCACCACCAGUGGUGGAUGUUCCUAUUGCUGAUACACCCCUGCCUGAUCCCGUGCCGGCAUUUGUUGACCGUGCACCUUUGGCCGCUCACAUCGAUCCCCAUUAUGCUGACACCCGUAAUGGGUGGAUCGAGGAUGAUGAUGACUACCCUCCGUUUGUGCUACCAGUCACUCCUCCUGUAGCACCUGUUUCCGCACCUAUUGAUGUUCCGUCUUUCCACCCACAUAUCGCUGAUGUCCAUCGCACUGAUCUUCCUAUCACAUUCCUCCAGGAUAUUCCUCUACCUCGUCUUGGAGAGGGUUCAUCGAGGCAGCAGCCUGCUUUUGUUCCACUUGUAUCAUCAUCUGUUCCAUUAAUGUCCCAGUUCCCUCACACUGCACCAUCUUUUGUACCUUCGGGCGAGCCGUUUCUGUGGUCUUCGCCCAAUGUUAUGCCGUUAUCAGACCCGUAUCACCCGUUCCAUGUUGGAUACACUACAGAGGCCAUACUUGCAUCCCUGCAGAUGCAGCAGGAUGCACUAAGUCGUCGCAUUCAGGAGUUAGAGAGGACUCCACGUCCUCCCCCGUGUCACUGUCAGACUCCUUUUGCCGCACCGCACGCUCCCCUCCCACUACCCCCUGAUUCAGAUGUUCGUUUCCUUACACCUGAGCAGCAGAUUGGCUAUUUGUUGCGCGUUAUUCAUGCCCUUGAGGAGGAUUGGGUGCACAUGCACCGUUUGCUUUUCUCUUAUCUUCCUCCUCCCCCUCUGCCAUCAGCGUAG